AUGGGUGGCUGCGUGGGAAGGUCGAACUACCUCCACAAGCAGCCCUCCACAACCCGGAAGUCUGGCCGAAUCGAUGGGCGGGUCUGCGGAGCCGACUUCGGGGGAGUCACGCCCUUCGACAACACUCGGAUCCCCCUCCUGGACAACUGCACCAUGCUAGACCAACAAGAUUCGUGUCAUCUCCGUACGGCGGAUGUCAACUCCUCAGAGCAUCCUGGCGGAGGGCUUGACUUCCAUUCGGCAUCAGUCAACAACGUUGGGGACAGUGAAAUUGCAUUUCUCUACGAUUAUGAUCAAGUGCAAGGCUCGGCUGUUGAAGAGGAGGCCUACAAUCUGCACGAGAACAAUUAUGACUCGACCAGUUACUCACAAGAGAACAAUGACGCAUUGGGUUCCAUGUCAGAUUGGGUGCAUUAUCCCAGUAACCUUGACGCUUGGAAUAUGGCGAACUCGGGCUUGGGUGACUACGAUCCCAAUGUCACCAGGGGUCUCUUGCCUGAAUACUUGAACGUUCAAGCCGGGAUUGCUGGGCUUUCGUACCCCACAACACCACCAUUGCCUCCUCCUGAUUAUCAUCGUAUGGCCGAGCAGAACCAACCCUGGGGCUCGCCUUUCUUGGGCAGUGGACUAUCGUUGGAAUCCUCAGUCCCAGCGGAUUCCAAUACUCAACCAACAUCGAUGGCAAAACCUAUGAACCGGCCCGUUGGCCUCCCAAGAAAAAGAAGUCAAUAUUCCUUCACGAAGAACAGACAGUACGGCAGUGGAUAUUCGACUCCUUUAAGCCCCCACUCGCGGGACCCAAUGCAAAGAUGGCAAGAGUCUCCUCCCGAGGACGAACCGGCCUCUUUAUCUGCAAUUAUGCGAGCUAUUGAUGACUCACGAGAUUCGUCCUCCGACCGAGCGAUCUCGAUGACUGUGCCAGCUUCAUUCCGACACCACCGUCGACCAGCGUCAAUCAAUAGCUCCAUAAGCGCCAACAGCGUCUCAUCAUGGCAGUCCUCGAUGUCGGGGCGAUCCCCAGUGGCGUCGUCGUGGAAUUCUCAAUCACAGCCAGCGGGCUCUAAAGUUCAAAAGGGCAAGAGAAAGUCCAAGAAACCGAGUGGUCUGGACACCGAGAGAGUCUUUUGCUGCACGUUUUGUUGUGAUACAUUCAAGAACAAAUACGAUUGGUCCAGGCACGAGAAGUCCCUCCAUCUCAACCUGGGCGGCUGGGCAUGCACACCCAACGGCGGUAUCGUGUCGUCGAAAUUCGAUGGGCGACCCCAGUGUGUCUACUGUGGAGCGGAGAAUCCUACGCUGCAGCAUUUGGAGACGCAUAAUCACUUCCAAUGCUCCGAAUCGACUCACUUGUUUCGCCGAAAGGAUCAUCUAGUUCAACAUCUUCGACUUGUGCACGCCCUAGACGCUCUACCACCGCUAGAUGACUGGGAAAUUCCCGGCCCACCCAUCACCUCGCGUUGUGGCUUUUGCGAUCAAAGACUGGAGACUUGGGACGAAAGGGCGGAUCACCUGGCGACCCACUUCCGUCAAGGAAUGACCAUGAAGGACUGGCAGGGUGAACAUGACUUUGCCCCGGAGAUCGCCGCCCAAGUAAUCAAUUCUCUCCCACCGUACAUUCUGAGCUGGGAAGCCGGUACACUGGUACCAUUCAGGGCAUCAGACAAGACCGCGCAGGACCAUUUGAAUUUGCUUUCUGCCAGAGUGAACUCAAUGGCUGCUCAAAGUACCCCAACACAAAUGAUUGAGCCGGCGGUGCCACGGGAGAAUGACUCGACCCUGCCUGCUGUGGAAGAGACGAUGGUUCCCCUUGGAACUUUCACAGGCAUUCUCACCCAGCAUCUGAGCCGCUACGCUCGUCAGAAAAUGAGCCUGGGAAUCAUUCCCACGGAUGAAAUGUUCCAGCAAGAAUCCAGAAGGCUACUCUAUGACUCGGAAGAUUCCUGGAAUCAGUCGAUUGCAGAUAAUCCCGCCUGGAUAUCAUCGUUCCGCCGACAACUUCAAGUACAUCCGGGGCCUUUGGAGGGUGCCACCCUUGAGCGUUCCGAGUUGGUAGAGGCCGAAGUGGGUGAAUAA